AUGAUCACAGUGAAUUCAGAUGGGAAAAUAAUGGUCAGAAGAUGUCUCGUCACCUUGAGGCCUUUUAGGAUAUUUGUGGUAGGCAUUGGAUUUUUCACUCUCUGCUUCUUAAUGACAUCCUUGGGAGGUCAGUUUUCAGCCAAAAGACUGGGAGACUCUCCAUUCACCAUCAGGACAGAAGUGAUGGGGACUCUGGAGUCCAGAGGAGUGCUGAGGAAAAUGAGUGAUAUGCUGGAGACAAUGGUGAAGAGGAUGGAAGUGCUAGCCAGGCUGGAGAAUAGCACAGAGUUCCGGAAAGGGGAAGAAGCCCAUUUCCCAAUGGACAGGUUCCAUCCAGCAGCUGGCCUGAUGGAGAGGAUUCAAGCAAUAGCUCAGAAUGUCUCAGACAUCGCAAUGAAGGUGGAUCAGAUUCUUCGCAACAGUCUCCUAAAUGGAAAAUCCAUAGAAGGCCGACGGGACCAGUGUGAAGUGCCCAGAGAUCCGAAGUACCCCGAUUGCUCUGGAAAAGUAGAGUGGAUGAGGGCUCGAUGGACGUCAGACCCUUGCUAUGCAUUCUUUGGUGUGGAUGGCACAGAAUGCUCGUUCCUCAUCUACCUCAGUGAAGUUGAGUGGUUCUGCCCAGUGCUGCCUUGGCGAAAUCAGUCGGCAGCUGCCCCUUCUUCCAACUCAUCACCCAGGAUACAGGCGGCUUUUCAGAGAGACAUCUCCUAUCUUCUGGAGUUAAUUGGCAGCGGCAAGGAGUCCUUGAUCUUCAUGAAGAAACGGAUCCGUCAUUUGGCUGCACAAUGGCUGAGGGCCUCUCACAAACUAGAACAGAAGCUGGAGGGCAAACACCGAGAUCAGAAGCAGAUUUUGAUCCACAUCGGCUUCUUGACAGAAGAAUCAGGAGAUGUUUUCAGCCCUCGUGUAUUAAAAGGAGGUCCAUUGGGGGAGAUGGUCCAAUGGGCAGAUAUAUUAGCUGUUCUUUACAUCCUGGGCCAUAGUCUGAAGAUCACAGUCUCUUUGAAAGAACUUCAGAGUAACUUAGGAGUGCCACCUGGUCGAGGUAAUUGUCCCUUGAUGGUUCCUCUGCCCUUUGAUCUCAUUUAUACGGACUACCAUGGACUGCAGCAGAUGAAACAGCAUAUGGGCCUCUCCUUUAAAAAAUACAGAUGCCGUGUUCGAGUAAUUGAUACUUUUGGGACUGAACCUGCAUACAACCAUGAGGAAUAUGCCACUCUACAUGGAUAUCGAACAAACUGGGGCUAUUGGAACCUCCAUCCUAAACAGUUCAUGACAAUGUUUCCUCAUACACCAGAUAAUUCUUUCAUGGGGUUUGUGUCAGAAGAGCUCAAUGUGACUGAGAAGCAAUUUAUUAAAUCCAACAAGGCCAACAAUAUGGCAGUUGUCUAUGGGAAGGAAGCCAGCAUUUGGAAGGAAGUCAAUCUUGCCUCUUCUUGCUUCUCUCUAUGUGCCAACAUGGAUUUCCAGUUACAGGGUAAAGAGAAGUUUCUAGCCAUCCUUAACAAGUACAUGGAGAUCCAUGGCACUGUUUAUUAUGAAACCCAACGCCCACCGGAGGUUCCAGCUUUUGUGAAGAAUCACGGUCUUUUGCCCCAGCAUGACUUUCAGCAACUGCUGAGAAAAGCCAAGCUCUUUAUCGGCUUUGGUUUUCCUUACGAAGGCCCUGCCCCUUUGGAAGCAAUAGCUAAUGGAUGUGUUUUUCUGCAAGCUCGUUUCAAUCCACCCCACAGUUCACUCAAUCAUGAAUUCUUCAGAGGGAAGCCAACAUCAAGGGAGGUAUCCUCUCAGCAUCCCUAUGCAGAAGAUUUCAUUGGAAAACCUCAUGUGUGGACAGUGGAUUAUAAUAAUUCAAAGGAGUUUGAAUCGGCCAUCAAAGCAAUUAUGAGUACUAAGGUUGAUCCUUACUUGCCCUAUGAAUACACAUCUGAAGGAAUGCUAGAGCGGAUUCAUGCCUACAUUCAAAACCAGGAUUUCUGUGCUACUGCUGCUCUACCAGACAAGCCCAGCAGUCCAACUAUGCAAAGCUCUCUCAGUCCUUUCAUCCUGCAACCCAAUUCAACUGCUCUGGUAUGGUCUCAUAAUGUGACCAGCAGCCAUCUUCCAGCUUGGCCCCCAGUCAAAUCCCUGCAGGUGUGGCUAUCUGAGACUGGCCAAGCAUGCACCAGAACUUGUCAGCAGCACAAUUUAGUCUGUGAGCCUGAGUUUUUCAAGUUCCUGAACAAAAAGGAAGUGUUCCAGCAGCUCAACAUUGUUUGUGACAGCACAGAGUCUGAGAUGAAUCACCUUUAUCCAGCUGUGGCUGAAAAUGUCCAGGAAUGCUACCUUCAGAAGGAUCAUCUGUUAUUCAGCUGUGCCGGAUGCAAUACCAAGUACCAGCGUCUCUGCCCAUGCCGUGAUUACCAGAAGGGACAGGUGGCACUCUGCAGGGACUGUUUGUGAGGCAAGUGUGUGGCAACAUAUCACAUGCACUGAGUGACUUGUUUUUCAUAAACUCUUCUGCAAUAGUCAAGAAGGAUCUGGAAUUCAAGACAAUUCCAAGAAGGAACUUAUUUCUGAAGACUUGCAAAAAUGCUUGGAUGCCAAUGAUGUUGGUUUUGCCAUUCAAGGAUGAAUAACUCUUUUAAUGUUCCUUUACAACUCUUCUACCACACCCAAAAUCAUUUGGCACCCCUGAAGGAACUUAGAAGAACAAGCUGAAUAUUUUUCA